AUGGAGAAUUUCUUUGGAAGUGAUUAUAGAAAAGGGAUGGCGGCAGUUGUAUCUUUUAGCCUAAUAAACAACGUUGCUAGCAUAGUGGUGAUUUUCUUCGUAAUGACACGGAAACACACGAGAAAUUCAGUGGUCGCCCGCCUGGUGUGCAAUUUAUCGUUUUCCGAUUUUUUGCAAAGCUCUGGAUUUAUGUUCAGCUAUUAUUGGUUACACACUGAUGGUAUUCAAAGUGGAACGAUUUGUGAUAUACAAGGAGUCCUCAUAAAUCUUGGCGACAUCGCUUCAAGUUUCUGGGUGUUUGUGAUUUGUCUUCACACUUACAUGUUAGUUGUAUACUCGUACGAAUAUCCACAUAUAAUAUUAUUGAGCAUGAUCAUAAUAUGGCCUCUGAGCAUUCUGAUUUCCAUGUUGGGCUUCUCCAUACAGACGCCUUCGAAUCCGUUCUUUGGUUCUGCUGGUGGAUUGUGGUGUUGGAUAACCCCAAAUUAUAAUAUCUAUCGAGUUUUGUUCCAUUACGGGAUCAUCCUGACCGUCGCGACCUCGAUGAUGAUAUUGUAUACGAUCAUGUUUUGUGUCUUGCGCAGCCGUCACAGGAAAAUGUCAAGUGAGGAUGAAUCGAAAAAAAUUUUACAAAGUGUCAGCAAAAGGUUGAUUUGGUAUCCUUUGAGCGUAUAUUCUCGAUUUUUGGUAAAUUCCUCCCUUUUGGAUACAAACGCCACAGUCUACGGAAUCACACGUAACGUUGUAUCUGUAAAACCGAUCGUGAAAAAUAUUCGUCGCCGUAUAGCUUCACAUUCCAAGGAUUUGGAUUUUGGUCCUUCAUCCUCUGCCAUUUCAGUCACCACCACGCAAGAAAUAAAGAUUUCUUAUGUAGACCCACCUUUGGACUUACCUGACAGAAUUAGUGAAAUUAGCGAUAGUGAUUUUUCACAAGAGUCCACCUCCUCCUCAACAUCGCCAGUUAGUCAUAAUCAGCAAAUUGACAUUGUUGCUAAAAAAGUUCGGAAGGAACGUCCCAACAUGGAAACCGCAUCCCGUCCAUCCUUCUGCCAUAGGAAAUCAUUGGCAUACAAUACAAUCCUAGGAAUUGUUGAACCUGUAAAAGAUUCCGGACACAUUUAUCUGCCGAUUAAACAAUCGAAAAUCUAG